ACAGAUACGUAACAUCGUAGACGAAACGUUCUCCUGGUAUUUGCAAACGUGUUUUGAAACGUAAUAGAAAUCCUUUGCACUCGUAAUACGAGAUAAGCUCAUCUACGAAAUAGCGUUAUACUCUAUGGUAAGAUACCUCUGGCGACAAAAACGUGGAACCAAUAGUAGGUACCAGCACGAGCUAAUCGAAUAGCAGCUUCGGCGUUUCAUCGUAGAUGGCGGCAUUCUUCUGUCCAGCCGUAUUUAUUAUUAGAUAGAAAAGAGGAAGAAACAUAGAAGGAAAUAAGAAGAAAGAGUUGAAAUUCGAAUAAUGGAAAACUCGAGGAUAUCCUAUCGUUGACAUGCAAUGACAAGUUUGAGUGAAAUGCAAUGAACCUUAUUGGUACGAGAUUGUUCAAGUACAUCUUUUCAUUUGGUCCGACUCGAGACGGCGACUACGCGUACAUGGUAUCGACUGAACAUGGCCAUCCCCGCCAAGUUGUAGACCGCACGUUGCAUUGGCAAGGGUAUUGCUCGUGUAAGAAACUUUCGGAAAUUUUCGGAACGAUGCACCGUUAAAGUUGCUUGUUUCGCAAAAGAGCUGCGAAGAAGAUUCGAUACGAGCAGACGCGUGGAGAAAUGAACUAAUUUGACAGAGAAGAACCACCGUAUUGCGCUCUGUCGCGUGUUCUCGAUAUUCUAACCUCUAAACGAGAUCUCGUGGAAAAAGAGAAAUCUUGUCCGUCGCGGCGACAAGUUACAAGUAAGAACAGAGAAAAUAAGAAGGUGCACGGUGAAUUCUGGAUUGGACAUUGAUUUCGGAGUUGGUAUAUUCUCGUAUAUACUCGUGGCACAUUGUCUCCGGAUUCUGUCCAGUUCUCGCAAGCACUAGAGAUUUGAAAUUAGUAAUUCGUAAUUCGAAACUGGAAGUUGAAAGUUUUGCAACUCGGAGUCUGGAACCGUUUGACGGAACGGCAAAGGUGGCGUAUCGAUGUUCAAGGACUUUGGAAAAUCGUCGUUUCCGUUGCUCAGGUCGAAGAUAGCAAACGCGCAGAAUGCGACUCGUCAGCGCGGAAAAAUUGUCGGACGUACAAAAGAACCCGAGCAAUAUACGAAACAUUUGCAUACUGGCGCACGUGGACCAUGGGAAGACGACGCUCGCCGAUUCGUUGGUCGCCAGUAACGGAAUCAUUUCGAAUAAACUGGCGGGCAAACUCCGAUACUUGGAUAGCAGGCCGGACGAGCAGGUACGAGGGAUCACGAUGAAGUCGAGUUCCAUCGGGCUGUACCAUAGGUACGAUAGUCGAGAGUUCAUCGUGAAUCUGAUCGAUUCACCGGGACACGUCGACUUUGCUUCGGAAGUCUCGACGGCCGUUCGGUUAUGCGACGGAGCGAUAAUCGUGAUCGACGUGGUCGAAGGCGUGUGCCCGCAAACGCGCAGCGCUCUCUCCACUUCGUACGCGGAGGGUCUGAAGCCGAUAUUGGUGCUGAACAAGAUCGACAGGUUGAUCACGGAGAUGAAAUUGGUGCCGUUGGACGCGUACGUGCUCUUGAGCCAAGUACUGGAGCAAGUGAACGCGGUGAUGGGGGAGCUUUUCGCCAGCGACGCGAUGGAGCGGGAAGACAAGGAACAGCUGUCCCAGGACGAGUCGACGGGAGAGCCAGUGUCGGAAAGGAGCAUAGCCGACUGGCAGUCCGCGCUGAGAAGCAUGGACGAUUCCGGCCUCUAUUUCUCUCCGGAGCAAGGUAACGUUCUCUUCUCCAGCGCCACGGACGGCUGGGGGUUCGGCGUGAAAGAUUUUGCCAAGAUAUUUGCGAGAAAACUGGGUUUCAGCGAGACGGUGCUGUCGAAAACGCUCUGGGGCGAUUUCUACGCGAACGCAAAGACCAAGAGGAUCGUCCGAGGAGCGCAAGAGAAGGCCAAGAAGCCGUUGUUCGUUCAGUUGAUUCUGGACAACCUCUGGACGUUGUACGAGACGAUCACGGUGAGGAAGGACAGAGAGAGGAUGAGCUCGAUCGCGGAGAAGCUGGACAUCAAACUGACCAGCAGAGAUCUGAGGCACACGGACCCGAAGGCUCAGCUGCAAGCCGUUUGCUCUCAGUGGUUGCCACUGGCUCGAGCUUGUCUCGACGCGGUGUGCGAGAUCGUCCCGGCUCCGAACAAUUUAACCAGCGAAAAGGUCGGACGAUUGCUCACCGGCAAUUUCGACUUCAACGCGUUGCCGGACGAAACGCGCCGCUUGAAAGACGCAUUCUUGGCUUGCGACUCGUCCCCGAGCUCGCCCGUGAUCGUCUUUGUUUCGAAAAUGUUCCCCGUCGAGAAGAAAUCGUUGCCGGAGAACAAACCGAAGCCUCUCACCCCGGAGGAGUUGGCGCAACGGAGGGAGAUUGCGCGUCUCAGACACGCGGAGAAAAUGACCGCGAACCAACGACAACGCUCGACCGAGUUGGAUCGAAUCGAAGCGAGAUCGUCGGAGGACAAGGCGGUCGAAACAACCGAGACGAGCGAGAUGAGCGAAACCAGCGAAACUAGCGAAACCAGCGAGACCAGCGAGACCAGCGAAACCGCCGAAACCAACGAAACCAGCCAGUGCGUUCAAUCCAAUUCCGACACAGCCAUGAUAGCGUUCGCGAGAGCUUAUUCCGGCUGUUUGCGGAAAGGGAGCACCGUAUUCGUUCUUGGACCGAAACACGAUCCUCGGACAGCGGUGGAGGUACCGACCGACGAUACCGUCACGCUUAGGGAUUUGAAACCCGGCAGACACGUGACCAUCACUACCAUACAAAAGCUCUAUCUGCUGAUGGGCAGGGAGUUGGAGCCCACGGACACGGUGACUGCCGGCAAUGUAUUUGGAAUCGGUCAACUGGAAGAGCACGUACUGAAAACUGCUACCCUUUCUUCUACCGUUGCUUGUCCGCCGUUCUCCGAACCGAUGUCCUUUGGUGUUCCUAUAAUGCGAGUAGCUCUCGAGCCGAAGCAUCCGAACGAUUUGCCGGCAUUGAUCAACGGUUUAAAGCUGCUGAAUCAAGCGGACGCUUGCGCGGUGGUGCGCAUUCAGGAGAGCGGAGAAAUAGUACUGAGUACCGCCGGGGAAGUGCACCUGGAAAGAUGCUUGGAAGAUUUGAAGCUGAGGUACGCGAAAGUCGACGUGAACGUGUCGGAGCCCAUCGUGCCGUUCAGGGAAACGGUUGUACCACCGCCACGGGUCGACAUGGUCAACGAGGCGAUCGAGAAGAAGCCGGACGACCUUCCGCAGAGUUUUCCCACGUGGACAGCGAAUCGACAGUGUUACUUUGAAAUAGACGCGAGACCUCUGCCGCAGAAAGUUACCAAAAUCUUGGAGAAACACGCGGAUUUGUUAAAGUCUCUGUAUCGUCACUACGGGAAAUUAUCUUUGGCCGAGGGAGACACGGAAGGGGAGUUGCUGGAAGGGAAACUACCGUUGGCGACGCCGGAGGAAACGGUCGAAUCGUCGUCGCGUCGGAUGUCCGAACGAACGGAAAAAGCGCUCGCCGCCUUGAAACACGAGUUGUCGAUCGGCUUUCAAGAGGCGGGACAAGAACACGUCUUGGAGAAAAUAUGGUCGUUUGGGCCACGGAAUUGCGGGCCGAAUAUCCUCUUAAACGAAACCGAUUACAAACAGAAUAAAUUUUGGGAAGGCCAUUCAAAGUCCGACGACCCACGAUUUCCAUACGAAAGCAGUAUGGUCAGUGGAUUUCAACUGGCGACGCUUGCCGGACCGUUAUGCGAAGAGCCAAUGACGGGUGUUUGUUUUGUUCUGAAAAAGUGGCAAAUUUUUCAGGAAGGCCAAAGUGAAAAUUACGGUCAGAACCAAGGCCGCGUGGGUGGACUUUUAAUGUCGGCAUGCAAAGAAGCUUGUCGCCGAGCAUUCAACUUCAGACACCCUCGACUGGUUACUCCGAUGUACAGCUGCAGCGUUUUAGUCAAUUCGGACGUGUUGGGGAAAUUGUAUGCCGUAUUUGGAAAAAGACAAGGCCGCGUGAUCGCUACGGAGAGUACCGGCUUUGGUGGACAGUUUCGUGUGUUAGCAACAUUACCCGUGCCAGAGAGUUUUCAACUUGCUAGAGAAUUGCGAACUCAAACGUCCGGGCUGGCCGCUAGUCCUCAACUGGUUUUCAGUCAUUGGGAGGUGAUCGAACAAGAUCCUUACUGGACACCUUCCACGGACGAAGAGUAUCUCCACUUCGGUGAUAAAGCGGACAGCGAAAAUAGAGCCAAGAAAUACAUAAAUGCGGUACGUCGCCGGAAAGGCUUAUCCGUCGACUCUCAGCUCGUUACGCAUGCCGAAAAGCAACGUACGCUCUCAAAGAACAAAUAAUUCGUGCAGUCUCCCAGCCAAAGAUCGAUGUUAAACUUACAUGUUGUUACCCCGUCACUUUCAUCCCCAUCGCGUUACCUUCGAUCUCGCCAUUUUCCAAAGCGAGACACUACCAAUGUACACAGAGGUGCAGCUUUGUUCGCGAUAUUUGCCUCCAACUUGACGAGCAGUAGUCUUUUAGGUUCGUGUUUUCAAGAAAUCCGACCAUACCGAUAUCCGCUGCUUUUGUGUUUAGUAGUUUUUAUCGUUCGGCCGAUUCGGUAGUGCGACACACAGAGAACAUUUCGAAAUACGUGUUUUCCAGCAUCGUGCUCUCAAAUUACCUUGUAUAAACGAUAGAAAUACACAUUUGUAACACGUACAGAGUGACAUUUUCAAAAAUAAUUAAAUAUUUAUUUAUCGAAAUUUAUAUCGAAACGUUCAAUUAUGUAACCCGAUGAUAAAAAAUCUAGCGAAAGAUCAUUCGAACACCGUGCGCUUUUAUUGAUCCAACUGUGUGUAUGGAACUCUCGAUUGAAAAGACGAGGGAAAGAAAGCGCGAACACUCUCGAUACUGUAAAUGAAAGAAGUUGUUACGGUGAUACGAGGAAAAUGUGCGGUAUAGAAUUUUAUCAUUCGGAUGAGAAAACAUAUCUGUACCGCGCGCGUUCGGUACUCGACGUGUUUCAUCUUCUAUCUUUUACUUUAUCCUUACUACGGAAUAGCAAAUAUAAUCUACUUUAUACGAAAUACCCCAGCAUCGACUGCGAUCAAAUAAGUUAUUUCAACAACUACCUCUUACGUGUCGAUCGUUUAAACAAUUUACUACGUAAUAACGUUUGAAACGUUCGUGAAAUACAUGUCCCGAUGGAUUACUGCCACGGUCAACGAAUACUCGCAAACGUCGAAUUUAAACUGGCUAAAAUUUACUUGUAAACCAUACGUGAGCGCUGGACGCAGUUGCAGUUUACUCGUAUUUGAAGGUCGGUUUUAUUAUCGUUGCAAAUUUCACAACCAUUUUGUACAAAUUUAUAAAUGAAAUCAAUAUUUCAAUAAAAAAAUUGAUCAACUCGUGAAGCUUUUGAUUUGAAUACAUUUCGAUAUGAUUUCAAUAGAUUUCAUAUUUCUACGAAAUUCGAUUUCUUGCCAUUCUUUUCUCAAUGGAUACAAGGGAAAAAUUCACAUAGAGUGACUCGGCAAUUUCCAAUAUAUUAUAGAAUAAAUAAUAAUUUUAACACGGAUGUAUUGUAACUCGUUUAAUUAAUUUUCUUCGAACCGAACCUUUUUUCCUUGAAAACCUCCUUUCAUUAUAUUUUGUAGUUUCCUCUUUGCUGCCCAUGAAGGAUGCAAAUUUUCAUUUUCAUUUUCAUUUUCAUUUUCAUUUUCGUUUUCAGUUUUCAACAAUUUUCUCUGCUCAAAGUUUCUACGUCCAAACGUUUGCUUCAUCUCUGAAGCUUCUUGUUUCUUUUGCUUCCAUGGUAUUGCGUUUCCUUUCUUCGCGUUAUGUCGAUGGUACGAAACGUCCUUAUUCCUUACGUCUUGUUCUUUGUCGUUCCUCUUCCUUGCUUUCUCUUCGUUUUUAGAAAACAUACGUUUCACGUUUCUAUCUUGGAACCGGACUACUGAUUUCUUUUCUAUCGUUGACAUAGUAUCGCCACCUUUUUCUCGUGGUAACACCGGAGUGUGUACGUCCGACGCAACCUUCUUAAAAUUUAAGAAAAAAUCAUCUCCUCCGGUAAUUGUUGCAGGUAUCGGAGAAAACUGCUUAUUAUUCUCUUUGUGUCCAUCGUUUAUUCUCGACACACUCGACUCUUGUAAAAUAUCUGUAAAUCUCUUGACCGUAGCUUCUUUGCUUACAAUUUUGGUAAUGGUUUCCGAGUUCUCGUCAUUGACUUUAUUGCUAUUACCUUCGCAUUUUCUAUCCUUGUCGUGCUCCUUUAGUUGUUCCAAUGGUAUUUCUUUACCUAUCGUACCUUUCAUAGUUAGCCGACUAUUUAAAUCAUUUUUCUUAUUUGGCACUUGUUUCAAAUUUUUUUCAAGUUUAUCCAUAGAAUCCGCCUUUCUCUUUCUCGACGAAUGUUUCUUUUUGUCGCGAGAAAUAUAUUCUUUAGCGUUUGGAAAGUUCUUUAAAAAUUCUGUUAUUUUUGUGUUUAAACAUUUGUAACGAACAACUUUUACCAUGGCUCGAGUCCUAUCGUCGGUUUCUGAAUUCUGCAAUAUAAUCUGCAAAUUGUCGGAAUGAAUAAUUCCAAAUUUCGAUAUUUCAUCGUCCUUAAUGCGUUUUAACGCUGACACCUCCCUUAAACAUUUCUCCGCCUUAUUCUUCUUUUUUUCUACGCUUCUCUCGUUACCACGAUUGAUUUGUAGUCUUUUAGCCUCUCUAAUCAAUUUAUUUAUCACACAAAUGCGUGCUUGACGGGCGUACCGCCUUAAUAAAAUAACCUAAAAGAUUAAGAAAAUUACCAUAGAUUUUUCUCUAAUUUAACAGAAA